UAAUCUUUGAUUAAAGUAGAGUUUAGGAUUGUGUAAAUCCAGAUUUGCAGCAUUGCACAUGAUCAGUGCCUUCAGUGUGACUCCAUCUUGGGGUGACCCUAUGCUAAGGUUUUCAUGUCAAGAUUUGUUCAGAGGAAGUUUACCAUUGCUUUUCUCUUAGACUGAGAGGUGAUUUGUCCAAUAUUACCCUGGGGUUUCAAUGGCUGAGCGGGGAUUUGAACCCUGGUUGGAGUCCUACUCCAACACACAACCACCAUACUAUGCUGGCUCUCACUAAAUUGUGGCCAAUCCUAAUUAAAUUUUAGGUUUUUUUCUUUCAAAAUUUUGUUUGUACUUCUGCAUAACAUUGGUUUCCUCUGAAUAGACUAAUGCCUGCACUUCUGUAAGGAUGGUAUAGUUUUGGCUGCAGCAUUCACCACCUGAAAAAUGGAUGCAAAAUGAAUGAUAACUUAAUUGAAGGGUAUGUGCAGUUUGUUUUGUUUGUAAUAGUAGAAGUAUUAAGGAAUAUUUUUUUUCCAGGGAAUAAUAGAAUAAAAGAGGGAUAAAACAUGUUAAAGAAAAGAAUCGAAUGCGUUUGCUGAAAUAUCUUGUGUCCCCGUAACUAGGAGAACUUGGCUCUUCAAAAUCAUGUUAAUACUUGUAAAAAUCACAUGAACAGGAAUGAAGUGGUAACUUUGGCAGUGUUUUGACCCAAGCAAAAGCCAAAGUGACACGUGAGUUUUCAUGAAAACUGUUGAAUAGAUGUCCCCUUUGUUUUUUGUGGGUUUUUUGGGCUAUGUGGCCCUGUUCUAGAAGAGUUUAUUCCUGACGUUUUGCCAGCAUCUGUGGCUGGCAUCUUCAGAGAAAAACCCACAAAAAACUAUGGAUGCCGGCCAUGAAUGCCUUCGACUUCACAGAUGUCCCCUUUCUUUCAAGAAUCAAAACUGGAGGGGAGGGGAACAGUUUUCAUCCACUAAGUCAAUGCUAUGCCACUUAAAGCAGGCAGACGGAAUGGUUACUUUGAAGGAUUCAUCUUCUGUUAUAAGCACUGAUUAGCUGGACUUAGUAAUGCCUGAGAGCUAAGAAAUUACUGCUUCUCAAGUUACAAAAAGCCUUAUUUGCUGAAAGUGGAGAGCUUUACCCUCCCCUCUUCCCUCAAUGCACAAGAGAAAGACAGAAUUGUAUUGAGACUCACUUUCACAAAUUUAUGAAAUUUCAACAUGCACUAGAAUUGGAAUAGCUGGCAGUGACUUAUCUUCCAAAGCUGCACACUUAGGUGAAAUAGUUCUUGUGCACAAUGGAGAAUUUCUCAUUUUCUCAAGAUAACAUCCAUCAUCAUGGACAAGUUUUACUUCACAGUUUUCUCAACUCAACAAACACAUCUGCUCUGCCUGAGAGACAACCAAGAGAUAAACGCUUAGCUCAAGUAGAAAUUGCUGUACUAGGAGUAAUAUUUAUGGCUGCAGCUGUUGGCAACUUUAUUCUCAUACUGGUAUUGUGGAGGAGAAGAAUAAAACUGUCAAGGAUAUAUGUGUUCCUGCUUCACCUGAGCCUUGCAGAUCUGAUGGUUGCAUUUUUUCAAGUUCUUCCUCAGCUUUUUUGGAAAAUUACAGAUAUUUUCAGGGGUCCAGACAUCCUGUGCCGAACCAUCAGUUAUUUCCAGCUGGUGAGCAUGUUUGCCUCCACUUAUAUGAUAGUUGUUAUGGCAAUGGACAGAUGCCAAGCAGUGUACUACCCUAUGCCCUCUUUCCAAAAGAAAGGUGUUCUUUGGAAUGCUUCUGUCUGCAUCAUUUGGUUUAUCUCUCUGGUCUUUAGUGUUCCCCAAGUAUUUAUCUUUCAGAAGACUGAAGUAUCACCAGGCAUAUUUGAUUGCCAAGCUGAUUUCAUUGAACCCUGGGGCACAAAGGUAUAUGUGACUUGGAUUUCUAUAGCUAUUUUCUUCCUUCCUGCAGCUAUCCUCACCAUAUGCCAUGUUAGGAUCUGUAGAGCAGUCCAAAUGAAUAUGAAAAGCCACCAUACAUUUGACGUGACAAAUCAGAAGCAAAUGAUGCCCUCUCAGCCAAGCAAUGCAAACUGUAUGUCAAAGGCUAUGAUCAAAACUAUAAAGAUGACAGUGGUGAUAGUUGUUGCUUAUGUCUUCUGCUGGUCACCUUUCUUCAUUGCACAGUUGUGGACUGCAUGGCACCCUAGUGAUGCUAGGACUGGAGGUCCAGUAAUGGCCAUUCUUAUGCUCUUAGGGAAUCUCAAUAGCUGUGUUAAUCCAUGGAUUUAUAUGUACUUUUGUGGUCAGAUACCACAUUGUUCAAAAAGCAAACUGAACAACACUGCAGCUCAUGAAGAGUCUACAAUUACAGGCAGCAUUAACUUGGGAGAUAAAGAAGCUGAAGACAAUAUCACAUCUGUGUAGCUACUAUAAACUAUUGGCUUUAUAGCUUAUGUUUAUUUGUUCCAUUCAAUAUUUAGUAAAAUGUUUUCCACUUCUGGAAGUGGUUGUUUUCAGCAUAUACAUAUUUUCCUUAAUUUUAGAGGCAAAUAAAUAUGUUUUUAAAAUCCCAGCAGAAUGUAAGAAGUAUACCCUAAAAGGGAGAUUCUGGCUACAAAGACACUAAACCCAGACUUUGGAGUGCUGAAAUACUUAUGUACUUAAGUACUACGUAGCUAUGUAGUGCUGAAAUCUACUUAUACAGACAUGGACCAGAAUCCUAUAGGGCAGUUAUGUGUCAUCUAGAGUUAUGCACCUAUCUAGAGUUAUGUCCCCACUCUAUUUUGCUAAACAGAGAGGUUCAGGUUGAAAGAACAAUCAUCAAUAGCUCAAAAUGUAGUUGGAAAUUUGAAUGGAAUUCUCAGGCACUUGUGAAAAAAUUGUUUUUAAAAAGGGGAGGAAAGCUAUGCAGUGGCCCCUUCUCAUCUGCACCCAUUCAGUUCUGCCCUCCCCAUAGGUGGUCAUGUCCCAUAUUAUUCAGUGGUCUUGACAUGUGCAUGGAUAUGUUAGCACGUCCACAUACAUACAUCUCCAUUGAAUAAUAUGGGCUGUUGUGAUUACUAGGUGGUCAGAUUCAUGGAUCACCAGCACCGCUGCGUCCACUGUGCUUUAGAAAAUUGAACUAGCAUAUCUAGUGGAAGGGUCUACUGUGCUUCAUUAAAAAAUUUUAGUUCGCAUAUCUCCUUACCUAUGUGAACCACGUGUAUAUGGAAAUGAACACUAAGACAGUGCACACUUAUGAAUGGGCUGGGCUGGGGUAACAGACAAACAUGAAGAUGACAAAAGGACAGUGGUUUUCCAUGGGUCUUUUUAGAUUAAGGAAAACGAGAUACCUAAACUUUACAAUAAGGCUCCCCACCAAUAAAUAACAGCUAUAGAUAUAAAGAGUAUUUUCUCUUCCAUGUGGUAUGCCUAUAACAUUCUUCCACUAUUUGAGCCAAUAUGCAAGAAUGCCCAGAUUUUAAUGCAGUAAAAGAGAGGUGGAAUAACAGUGAUGAUUUUGUUAUACAGGUUGAGUAUCCCUUAUCUAAAAAGCUUGGGACGAGAGGUAUUCUGUAAUUUGGAUAUUUAAUACCUAUAUUUGCGUAUGAGACAAAAUGAGGCCGGAAAGAGACAGGAUCUGUGAAAUUGUGGGAAUCCAAGCACAGUGCUUGGCAUAAAUCCAUGCCCCCCCCCCGCCACCACCAUUUCAUAGAUCCUUGGUCUCUCUCCAGCCAUGUCUCUCUCCAGCCUUGCAACUACAGUGCAGGUACAUAAAAUUUAGUAUUUUGGAAUAUUUUGGAUUUUGAAAUUCCAGAUAAGGGAUACUCAACCUGUAUUUUCUUAGUGCCAGCCUACAGAGCCAAUUCAACUAGUUUGCAUGGCCACAGUGUGGAACCAUUCUUCAACUUCUGUUCCAUGUGUCUUUAAACAUUCCUAUUUGGAAUUAUACAUUUAGCUAGAUUUCCUUUACUGACUCCAUGAACUUCAUGGAAUUGGAGUCCAUGGUCUGUAGGAUGCCUUCCAACUAUAAGAUUCUAUGACUCAGUUGACAUGGUUCCCACUGAUUUUGCCAAAGAAAUAAUCUUGUGGUUUGCAGUUAUGCUGUUAACAAUUUCUCUUUCAUAAUGGAUGGAACAAAUCUUGGACUGCUUCAGUGCAUAGAAUUCAUGGGAUAGGUCCUAUGUAGAAACAGACUGCUGAUUUGUUCCUGAAAGGAUAAGGGAACCUUUUCCACUUGGCAUGCAAUGUGGAUAAUUUAUGGUUACUGAUCUUUUGAUGGUUGAAUGAUAUCAAGGGAUGUUGGUUCUUGGCUGAAUAUGAAGGGAGGGGGGUAGAACCAGACACACUCAUCUGAGUCUUAGUACUGGGAUUCAGCCAGUCCUUAUAGUGCUGUUUGAUGCAUAGGGAAGGAGAGGGGGAUGUUGUCUCCAUUUGCAACUUCUGACCUGACACCCUUGUGAGGGGGCAGAUCAACUAAGAAACAGGGUUAGGGCUCCUGAAAUCUAGAUUUGGCUUAUGAGCUGGGACAACCCUCUCCUAUGAAAGACAAAAUCAGAGGUGAACUGACCAGUCUGAAAGUCUUUCCUCUGGUAGUCUUAUAGGCGAAUGUGUUCCUUGGAGCCAAGCCAACACCCAGAUAAGUGUAAGGCUGGGUUUAUGGGUUUAGAUACUGCAUCAGACCCAAUCCAGUACUGAGGGUUACAUGUUAUGUAGUGAGUACUGAAUCACAGGCCAUUAUUAUGUAAGUAUGAGAAAUCAGUGCCUGGGGCCAAAACCAAAACAAGAAAGAAUUAUGGUUGCUCAGGUAUAACAAGAAGCUUUUGCAGUUCUUUAUAAGCUGAAAAACCAAGAAUCAGAAGCCCUUCAGAAUUAGAAAAAUGCUGCAAUUAGUAGCUCUUGUGUCUCAUCAGAUGAGGUAGGCUGCAUCUGUCCUGCAGAAAUAAUGCAUUCGGAUGCUACUUUAACUGCCAUGUUCUCAAUGCUAUGAAAUUCUGAGAUUUGUAGUUUUGUUGGAUAUUCAGCAUUCUCUGUCAGAGACCUCUGGUGACACUGCAAACUACACAUUGCAGGAUUCCAUGGCAUUGAGCCAUGACAGUUAAGUGGCACUAUUCCUGCAGUGCAGAUGCAGCUGUAGCUGCAUACAGGGCAACAUAUUUAUUGCAAAUCCUGACAACUCCACAAUCCUUCCCAGUACCACCAGAGCCAUUUUCUUCUUGUUGUAGAGCUCUAAACUGAGUCAGAAUUAAUUGGUUAAAAUACAAAUACUGCAGGGUGUUGUUGACGUAUUGCCUGAACAACAGCUGUACCCUGAAAACUCCACCUUUAAUGGUUUUCUUGUAUUCCUUUUUCUUACAAUUGGCAGUCCCUAGCUCUUUAUUCAUCCUUCUGCUAUCCAGUGGCCUGUUACUCCUAAAUAUCUCUGCACAUUUUCUCUUGCCACGGACAGAUUCCCUGGGAUUUGACACAUAGUGUAAUCCAUAAAUCAGCUAUUGGCACUGUCCCUUUUUGGAACAGGCACUUGCUCAGUUGAACAGUUUCUUGCUCUUGACAUCUGGCUCUACAAACAUAUGUUUUGUAAAACUGUGAUAGAAUCAUAGAAUCAUAGAAUCAUAACCUAUCUUUUGGCCGCCAGCUCCCACAGUGACUUACAUCUCAGUUGACUCCUACAACCACAGUCCCUAAGGGACAUGAUCAUGGCAUAUCAUCUGUGUUGUACUUGAUUGUAUUCUGUAAGCCAAAGACUGCUGGCAAUGCCAAGAUCUAGUUUGCUUUUGUCUCCACUUCCUGUAGUAGGCAUCCAUUACUUAUGAUGAUGUAGACCUAUGCUUUCACUACAACAGGGAUGGGCAUCUGCCACAAGCCCAGAUCCAAUUUUCUGUCCCAGAAACCUCCAAAGGCCACAUACGAGACUGCCAGUAAUGCCAAAGGGGCAUAGAGUGUCCAGAAACUCUUAUGCUACACAAUUAAAGUGCUAUGAUUCCACCUCAACUGUCAUGUUUCUGUAUUAUGGAUUCCUGGGAUUUGCAGUCUAGUUAAGGGCACUUAGAAUUCUCAGCCAAAGAGCUGUAGCGCCUCACCAAACUACAAACCUCAGGAUUCCACAAGGUUGCAGCCAGGACAGUUAAAGUAGAAUCAUAGUGUUGUAACUACUGUGUGAAAUGGCCCCUGGUUUUGAAAAACAAACUUUAAAAAAAUUGGUUGGCUAGGAAAGCUUUUCUUUUUGGCAAGGAAAGGUUCAGUCUAAGGAACUGAGGUUAUGCAGGCUGCGAAAACAAGAGCCAUACUUUUCCAUUCCUGGACUAAAGUGUAAAAAUGGCUAUGCAGAUGAGCAGCUGGCUUAUCCCAUAUAAAAUGUGUGAUCCAUCUAGCUUGGUAGUAUAUACACUGACCAACUAUGGCUCUUCUAGGUUUCAGGCAGGAGUCUAUUGCAGCUUUGUCAGGAGAAUGCAGAGAUUUAACAUGGGAUCUCCAUCCAAAUAAUGUGUUCUACCAGCAUGCUGUGGUCCUCUGAACUACCAGUUUUUGCUCAUACGUAUGAAAUACAAUAUAGGCUGUUUCUGUCACAAAAUUUUAGGGGAAGCUCACAUGUGUUCUUGUUAUGGUACAAUAUCAAUGUUAGAAUUUUUCCUUUAAGAAUAUGACUUUUACUAAAUAUACACAAUUGUAUAUUCCUUUUUAAAUAUUCUAAUAUGUACCAGAAUAAUGUAUCAUGCAGUAACCUUUAAUGCUGGUAGUUUUUGGACAUAUCAAUUUAAUGUAUUAAACACUGGUACAAUCUUUAGAAAAAUUGUAAUAUGUGCUGUUUAAAUAUAUGCACACCUUUUGACUGUAUUUCCACAGACAGAGAAAGCAUUUCUCCUAGUUUUUUCUUAUUGAUGUUUAGAAAUGUUUCCUGAUGGACAUAUGUUCUUUCACAUUUUAGUGAUACUGCUCUACAGGUGUAUUUACCCUCUGUCUUUUUGAAGAGGCAAAAUUUUGAUUUGGGCUAUGACACAGGAGGCAGGUGAAUCUAUCACAGUUCAGCACAUACUACAUAGGACAUGUGGUGGUGGGUAUCCUUCAUAACCCUGUUGAUGUUCUUUAUAAAAACAAGUUAACUAAUUAAUUAGUUUUAAAAUACUUUCUUGAGUAUUAAAAUGUUAAUGAAAUACAGCUUCAACAAAAGAGUGUUAUAGUGCUAUAAGACUAUAAACCCAUUUAAAAAAAAAUAGACAUUCUCCAGGUCAUCAACACUGUAACCAUAUAAUUAAUUGCUAAUAAAUAUAUCAGUUUUUAAACUUCUAAUCUACAAUAAAUAUCAACAUCUUAUUAAAACAUGUCAUGGGUGGCAAUGGGCAUUCAUGGGGAAAAACAAUAGGUAGUAAGGACCACAGCCUUGUCAAAGUGGAAACCUUUACCUUUACCCUUUUAAGAACUAAACAUCUGUCUGAAUACACUAAAGGCACUAAAUCCUAUCUGCUCUUGGAAGCUAAGCAGGGUUAGUCUGGUUAGUACUUCAAUGGGAGACU